AUCAGUUCAAAUAUAUUCCUCUUUAAAGAGCCUAUAUAAGCUUUUUGAAAAUUUGAACAUAUAUGUAAGCUAAAAAGGUAAAAACUCAUAGCAGCUUCAAGCUUGAAUAACAUCUCAACAAUAAUGUCUAACCCAACAAGGAGGCUGCAUGGGAAGGUGGCUCUCAUAACAGGAGCUGCCAGCGGCAUCGGCGAGGAGAUUGCAAGGUUGUUUGCAGCCAAUGGUGCUUUUGUUGUCGUUGCUGACAUCAACGACAAACUAGGGCAGCAGGUGGUUGCAUCCAUCGGUAUUGACCAAGCGAGCUUUUGUCAUUGUGAUGUGAGAGAUGAGAAGCAAGUUGAAGAAAUGGUGAGCUACACCGUCGAAAAACAUGGCCGCCUCGACAUUCUUGUCAGUAAUGCUGGCAUCUCGGGCUCUUCCUCUACAAUUCUAGAUCUCGACAUGUCCAACUUCGACAACGUAAUGUCAACCAACGUCCGAGGAGUGGUUGCGACGAUUAAGCACGCUGGACGAGCAAUGGUGAAGCAAAAUAUACGAGGGUCGAUCAUUUGUAUAGCGAGCACGGCAGCGCAAAUUGCUGUGAAUUUAUCGUAUAUGUCAUACACAAGCUCAAAGCACGCGGUGUUGGGGGUGGUGAGGACGAGUUGUGGGGAGCUUGGGGCUUAUGGGAUUAGGGUGAACUGCGUGUCGCCGCACGGGGUGGCAACGACGAUGACCAUGAAGGGUUUGAACUUGGAAGCGACUGAGUUUGAAGAGGUUGUUUGUUCGAAGGCAAGCUUGAAGGGUGUGACAUUGAAGUCUAGCCAUAUAGCUGAGGCUGCUUUGUUUCUUGCAUCUGAUGAAUCGGUUUAUAUAAGUGGUCAAGACUUGGUCGUUGAUGGUGGCUACACGGUGGUUAAACCAUUGUUUUGAAUUUGAUGUCUCUCUUUUAAUUCUAUGGUUUCAAUUCAUAAAUAAUGCGUACUUUGAAAACAUUUCUAAUUAGCUUUGAGAUUAGCAUGUUUAAAUAUUGAAAUUAAUCAUUUGUUUCAUAAAGAUCAUUAUGAAAGUAUAAUCCAAUUUGUUCCAUGAUGAUCAUAAAAAAUAAAAUAGGGUUUAAUUCUGUCUUC